AUGAAGCGAAUUUAUUUCCAGCUCACAAACAGAGAAGUCAGAGUUCAGGAAAGAAAGAGAGGAAAAAAAAAUCGUUAUCUCGACAGGAAAUGUAAUGAUACAUUAUCGAUUAUUUAUUUUUUUUCUUUCAACAGAUUUUUCUUCUUUCAAUCAUUCUUGCUUUUCUUCCUUUUUGACUUCUUCACUUUUUCAUUCUUUAUUUCUUAUCCUAUAUUUUUUUUAUUUCUUUCCUUCUAUUUCUUUCUUUUCUGCUUAUCUUUCUCUCAGUUUAAUAUCUUUUUGUUUUCUUCCAAUGCACGGAAAAAUAAUCGUGCUAAAGGAAUGGCUCAGCAGACGGCUGUGGGUUCUCGGGAGAACGGAGAUAACCUUUCUUCAAUGGACGACAGACGGACAAUUGGGCAAUCGAUACCCCCCCCCCCACAGAGACACAAACUCUUUAUCUUUCUCUCUAUUUCGACUGCUUUGUGGGGAUAG